GCACUUAAAGAGCCACUGGGCUGGUAAAUGCGGCUGGAUGUGCUAACUCAGUUCUAAGGAGUUGGGCUCGGAUUAUUCACCAAUCAGCGAUACGGUUACUCCCCUGAGCUAACCAAUGAAGGGCACGGAUAGUGGACGGUGGCACCCUUGCCGCCAUAUUUGAGUUCCGGGUAGCCGAAGGGAGGAGAGUUGUUCCUGGCUUCCGUCCUGGUUGCCGGCUGCUUAGGUGGGGGAACACCUGGAUGCAUCCGAAGCAGGACAUGGAGCCAGUGACCUUUGAGGAUGUGGCUGUGAACUUCACUCUAGGAGAGUGGACUAUGUUGGAUUCUAGUCAACAGAAGCUCUACAGAGAUGUGAUGAAGGAAACCUUUAUGAACCUGCUCGCUAUAGGGAAAACAGAAGAAGAAGAUAUUGAAGAGGAGUACCAGAAGUAUAAGGGAAACCUGAGAACCCUGGUGGUUGAGAGGCUCAGUAAAUAUGAUCACGGUAGUCAGAAUGGAGAAACCCACCGACAGAGCCCAGAGUGUGUUGUGAAUGAGAAAAUGCCUCCUGCAAUAACUGACUGUGAAAAAGAGUUCAGUGCUCAUUUUCCCUCAGACGCACAUGCCAAAGGUCAAACUGUAGAGAAACCAUACCAGUAUCAGGAGCAUAUGGAGAAGGCUUUUAAAUUUAAGAAAUGUUGGAAGGAUUUCACUUAUUCUGAGUUACUUCAGAUGCAUAAAAGUCCUCCUAUGAGACAGAAACCUUAUGAAAGCAAACAAUCUAAUGAAGCCUGUAGGAGUUUCACUUCUGAUCACGAUUAUGAAGGAAAUGGUAUCGAAGAGAAAUCAUAUGUUUGUAAACAGUGUGGGAAAGCAUGGAGUGAUUCCUGUAGCCUUCUCUGGCAUGAAAAAAGUCAUAUUCAAGAGAAACGUCACACGUGUAAGCAAUGUGGAAAAGCAUUUAGCCGUCCCUCACAACUUCACAAACAUGAAAGAAUCCACACUGGUGAGAAACCUUAUGUUUGUACGCAUUGUGGAAAAGCAUUCAUUGAUCGAAGAACCUGUUACAAUCAUGAAAGAACUCACACUGGAGUGAAACCCUAUGCUUGUAAACAGUGUGGGAAAGCAUUUCUUCGUUCCUGCCAACUUCUCAUUCACGAAAGAAUUCAUACUGGGGAGAGACCUUUUGUGUGUAAACAUUGUGGAAAGGCUUUCACCUACUCCAGUGCUUGUUAUUAUCAUGAAAGAAUUCACACUGGAGAGAAGCCCUGUGUUUGUAAGCAAUGUGGAAAAGCUUUUAAGUGUUCUGCAUACCUUCACAUUCAUGAAAGAUCUCACAGUGGAGAAAAACCCUAUGUAUGUAAGCAUUGUGGAAAAGCCUUUGCUUAUGCCACUGGCUGUCACAAGCAUGAAAGAAUCCACACUGGAGAGAAACCAUAUAUGUGUGUGCAGUGUGGGAAACUAUUCAGUUUCCCCAGAUCCUUACACAUACAUGAAAGAUCUCACAGUGGAGAAAAACCCUAUGUAUGUAAGCAGUGUGGGAAAUCUUUCACUCAGGGAACUUCUUUGAGAAGACAUGAACGAAUUCACACUGGAGAAAAACCUUAUGUAUGUAAGCAAUGUGGGAAAGCCUUCAUCCAACGUGAUGAUUGUUAUAGUCACGAACGAACUCACACUGGAGAGAAACCAUACAUGUGUGUUCAAUGUGGGAAAACAUUCACUUUUUCUAAAUCCCUUCUAAUACAUGAAAAAAAUCACACUGGAGAAAAGCCGUAUAUAUGUAAGCAGUGUGGGAAAGCAUUUACCUGUUCCACGUACCUCCUCAGACACGAAAGAACUCACAGUGAAAAACUCAGUGGAUAAUAUUUCUACUAAUGUGAAGCAUGGGACUGUCUGGCAUGAACUUUUAUUUUGAUGUAUGAAAAAAGAAAGUGGAGAGAUACUAGACUAUAAGAGCUGCAGAAGUAUAAUUUUGGUCCUUGUAGACAGGUUUCUGUGAGAUGAGACCCUGUACACCAGGCAUGCUGAUCUGUGCCUUUCAUUUGAGCAAUGAGAAAGUAGAGGCUAGACAAUUACAGUAUUAAAUGAAGCCUGUGCUAUUUACUGGGUUUGAACACAGCUUGAGAGGCUUAAGAACCAAUUACAAUUAAAUGAAAUUGUAAAUAUAAGAAAGUUGUGUUUUUACCAAUAAGAAAAUUUAUGAAAAAUUUCUCAUAUGGUUGAGUUUUAUGAAAGUAAUGUGAAGAUAUCGAAGAUUAAUUUGUGUUGAAUAUUUCUUAAACCAUAUAAAAGAGAUACAGUAAGUUCUGAGUGCGUUUUUUAAAAAAACUUGAUAAUUUACAUAAGUAUGUUCUGUUUUGCCAAACUUAUGUCAUUGUGUCAUAACACAGAGAACAUAUGUAUACCAAAGCAAUUCAUCAGAAAACCUAUUAAAAAGUCUAACUCAUGAUA